AUGGCAGCUGUGGAACAACUUACGAUGAAUUUGAACUCUUUAGGUUUGCAGGAUCAUACUCUUCGUGAAGAAGCUGAUGUUGAACACAACCCUAUUGAUCUCUACCGCAGUUACAUUUCUACUGAACUGUCCAAAAUCAGUGGAGUAGAUGCUUCUCUUAUAUAUCCUGCUUUGGAAACUUCAAUUAGCAAAGACUCUGCUGACUUGAAUCUACCAGUUCCUCGUCUUCGUGCAAAAGGUGGUAAGCCUCAAGAAUUGGCUGCUAAAUGGGCUGAAGAAUUUCCUAAGAAUUUGGUUGAGGUUGCCGCUAAUGGAAUUUUUUUGCGUUUUAAUUUCAUUGGAUCUUCCCUUACCAAGUUGGUUUUGCCAAUGAUUUGGAACCAACGAAAAGAAUUUGGUCGUAACGAGUCCGCUAAGGGAAAGGUGGCCGUCAUUGAGUUCAGUAGCCCUAACAUUGCUAAACCUUUCCAUGCUGGUCAUCUCCGUAGUACAAUCAUUGGUUCUUUCCUGUCCAACUUGCAUGAAUCCCAAGGUUGGAAAGUACAUCGUGUUAACUACUUGGGUGAUUGGGGUAAACAGUUUGGUUUGCUUGCCAUUGGCUUUAAACGUUAUGGAAAUGAUAAGGAGUUGGAAGAAAAUCCUAUGCGUCAUCUUUAUGAUGUUUACGUGAAAAUUAAUGCCGAUGCUACUGCUGAAGAAGAAAAGAUUCAGCAAGAAAGCGCUGAAGCUGAAAGUAAGGGUGUUCCUUACACUCCCUUCGCUACCCUCCAUGACAAAGCUCGUGAGUUUUUUAGGCAUAUGGAAGCUGGCGAUGAGCAAAGUCUUAAGAUUUGGUCUCGUUUCCGUGAACUAAGUAUUCUCAAAUUGAAGGAGACGUAUGAGCGCCUUAACAUUGAGUACGACGAAUAUGACGGUGAAUCUCAGGUUUCCCUUCCAUUUAUGGAUGAAAUGACUGAUCUUCUAAAACAGAAAAACCUUGUCGAACAAGACAAUGGUGCCUUGUUAAUUGAUUUAGCCAAAUUUGACAAGAAACUUGGCAAAGCAGUCGUCCGUAAGAGCGAUGGUGCCACCCUUUACUUGACUCGUGAUAUUGGUACCGCUGUUAAGCGUUAUGAAAAGUAUCAUUUUGACAAAUCUAUCUACGUUGUUGCUUCUCAACAAGAUAUGUACUUUGCUCAAUUAUUUAAAAUUUUUGAGCUCAUGGGUUUCGAAUGGGCUAAAAAGUGUGUUCAUAUUAACUACGGUCUUGUUCAAGGAAUGAGUACUAGAAAGGGUAAGGCAAUCUUCUUGGACGAUAUCAUGGAGGUUGCCAAAGAAGAAAUGCAUAAGGUUAUGCAAAAUAACGAAGAGAAGUAUUCUCAAAUUGAAAACCCUGAGGAGGUUGCUGACAUUGUCGGUAAGACUGCUAUCCGUAUUCAAGAUUCAACUGGUAAGCGUAUCAAUAACUAUGCUUUCGAUUGGUCACGUAUGACUUCCUUUGAAGGUGAUACUGGUCCUUACCUUCAAUAUGCUCAUUCUCGUUUGUCAUCUGUUCAACGUAACGUUGACUUUACCGAUGAACAGAUGAAGAAUGCCGAUUUGAGUUUAAUCACAGAGCCUGAUGCUUAUGAGUUGGUUCGCUUGCUCGGCCAAUAUCCUGAUGUUUUGAAGAGCGCAUUCCGCUUCCAAGAAACAUCUACUGUGGUUACAUACCUUUUCAAGCUGACACAUGCUGUUAGUAAAUUGUACGAUAUUCUUUGGGUUAAGGGUCGUGAAGAAAACUUGCAACUUGCACGUCUUGCAUUGUUUGGAGCUGCUAAACAAGUUUUGAACAAUGGUAUGAGAUUAUUGGGCUUGACUCCCUUAGAGAGAAUGUAG